UCAGUCAGCUUUAUUCGCUUCCACAGCAGCACAACACAGACCAAAAACACAAAAUCCCCUCAACAUGUUCAAAUUGGUGGUGUUGUCUGCUCUUCUCGCCGUAGCUGUCGCUCGUCCCGGCCAUCUGUAUGAGUCUCCGCUGGUCUAUUCCGCCCCGGCUACCACAACCAUCGUGCAGGAGCCCUACCUGGCCAAUGUUGGUUCCGUGGUAAGGAGCGUUCCUACCUCUGUCUCCCACCAGAGCCAGUCGGUGGUCCACAGCUCUGCCCAUGUUGUCCAGGAUGUUGUCGCCCCUGUGGUAAAGACCUAUGCAGCUCCCGUCGUCACCAGCUACGCAUCUCCUCUGGUCCACACCUCAUACGCUUCUCCCGUCGUCCAUACUUCCUAUGCGGCUGCUCCCGUUGUCUACAACGCUGGCUGGUAAGGACGCAGGCUGGAGGACUGGAUGCUAGGACGAGCGAUCUGGAUGGCUAGAAAUAUAAUAUUCCUUUUGUAUAUAAACGAGUUUAAUUGCGAAUUAAAUGUGAUUUUCAAAAGUUAAA